AUGUCAUCAGAGGAUACCACAAGCAAUGUCUCGCUGACACCAACCACAGCCAUCAGUGACAGUUUCAUGAACAAUGAACGGUUUCACCAAACUGGUGGACUUCUUUAUGAUUUUUAUCAGAUGGCAGCAGUGGACUGGGACGAAAUCCACGACAGAGAGAAGCUGACCUCAUGGGCGUACACCACGUGGAACGCCCUCAACAUAGUCCGGCUGACACUGGCUAUCUGGAUUCUGGCUAGUCACAUAGCUCUCAUCGUAUUUGUACUGGCCAAGAAAGCACUGAGGCAGCAGCCCAAGAACCUGCUGAUUAUCAACGUGGCGCUGGUGAAUGUUUUGAUGGGCAUGUUCGUAGUACCAGUCAAGCUGCACUUUAUACUCAACCCAAAAGGCCCACAAUGCAAUCUUGCCGUGGGUUGGACAUUUGUAGCAGAAUAUUAUCAACCAUCAGCAUGCCUGUUUGCUGUUCUUAGCUUGGUCCUUGAGCGCUUUAUUUACGUAUACACAGAGAAGACACAAAAGAACAUCAAGCCGUGGGCUGCAAAGAUUGGCACCACCAUUUUAAUGUUUCUUCCAUGGAUCUUGUCUUGUCUAAUUCUGCUGCCAAUAUUUUAUGCAGGACUGCUAGCCAAAUUCACCGAUCCAAAUCAGUGUUUAUUCAAAGUCAACGAGGGAUAUUUUGUUGCCUCCCAGCUGAUGUCUUUCAUCCUUCCAUCACUAGGAGUCUUCAUCCUGGCACCAUUUACUGGUCUCCUUGACUGCCUGCGUCCAAAAAGAUGUUUCUACAAGCCUCUAACACCCAGAGGUGAAUCCAUGGCCAUCACUGCCACUGUGAGCCUGGUCUCUAUAUUUUGUGAAGCUCCCUACUGCGUGGUUCGGGUGCUCAUGAUGACCGUAGAAUGCAACAAUUCUUACUGCAGCCGCUUCAGUGAAGCCCUGACACUGGCUAUGUGGAUCAGAGUAUGUAAAGCUGGCGUUUUCCCUUUUAUCUGGCUGGCGUACACAGACAUCAGGGAUGCACUGCUUCAUUUAAAUAAUGCUCAACAAAAAGACAAAGAAACUGAUUAUGAUAAUGAUGACGAUGAUGAGGAUGGUGGCCAAAAGUUUCCACUGACCAAGAGUUCUUCAAAAGCAGUUUGA